AUCCUCCUGGCAGCCUACGGAAUUCUCUGCGUCAUCGCAGUCUUUGGAAAUGCCUUAGUUUGCUACGUCAUCUUCAAGAACAAACGCCUCCACACGGCCACUAACUUUUUCAUCGCCAAUCUAGCAGUGAGCGAUCUCCUCGUCACUUUCGUCAACGUGCCCUUCAAUAUUGCCAGGAAUUUGCUGGAUGACUGGCCUUUCGGAGAAGUUCCCUGCCACCUGGUGAGUUUCUCUCUGAUCCUCACCAGCUACGUGUCCACCUACACGCUGACGUCCAUAGCCUUAGACCGACACAGGGUUGUGUUGAAGCCGCUGUCCAGGAGGAUGACGCGGAGAUUCGCCUUCACCAUUCUCGUCCUGAUCUGGGUGGUGGCCAUCUUUUUGUCACUGCCUUACGGAAUGUACAUGCGAGUGCGCAGAGUCAAGUUCCUGAUCACAAAAGAAUUCCGCCGGUGCAGGUUUGAGGAUCCCCGGCCGUGGGCAGGAUUCGAGAAGUUUCUGACUGUGACGACGUUCAUCCUUCAGUACUGCCUACCUUUUACGCUCAUCGCCAUCGCCUACGGCCGGAUCGUUCAGAGCCUCUGGGCGCGGACUCACGUCGGGGCCGUCACUGCCAAACAGCAGCUCUCCCAGGCCCGGGCCAAGAGGAAAAGCAUCAAGCUUCUCAUAGCCGUGGUCGUUGUCUUCGCCAUCUGCUGGUUGCCGUUAAACAUGUAUCACCUGCUCACAGAUUUCCACCCUAAGCCGGACACAUUCCAGUACAGCUCUGUGGCGUUCUUCACGUGCCACUGGGUGGCCAUCAGCAGCACGUGCUACAACCCGUUCGUCUACUGCUGGCUCAACGAGCACUUCCGGGAGGAGGUCAAAUCGAGG